AAACAAGAUAAAAAAUACAAAAAAAUCUUACUCGUACGUACAAGCUGUGAUUCGAAGAACAAAUCGUUCGUAUCGCUAGCGAUUUGAUAAGACAAUAUACAUUUUUCUUUUCUAUAACAUUACAAAGUAGAUACACGAUAACAAGAACGAUCGAGCGAUUGAAGUAAUUCGAAAGACGAUCAGGAUUCGAAACGGAACGUCCCUCUUGCAAACAUAGUAAUCGAUCGUCGCUAUGUCUAACAAAGAGGAGUCGAAAGACGCGUUAUGGAAGUUGCAAGAGGGAACGUGGACGAUGUUUAUAGCGGAAGUGGUUGGUACCGGGAUAUUAAUUUUCGUUGGUUGUAUGGCGAGCAUCGGUUCAAUGUCGACCGUUUUACCUCCCCCGCUCCAGAUGUCCAUAGCAUUCGGCAUGACCGUGAACCUCAUUAUUAUGAUGUUGGGUCACGUUAGCGGAGCUCAUCUCAAUCCAGCUGUUACGAUCGGUGCGGUCAUCGUAGGCUUAAAAAGUAUUCCCACGGGUACCUUAUACAUAGUGGCACAGUUCAUUGGAGCUACAUUGGGAUACGGAGCAUUAAAGAUAGUAACUCCACCGGAAUUAUUUCACGAUGGAAAUCCAAAUUCCACGGUCGGUCUUUGCGUCACCGUUGUUCAUCCGGGCAUAAGUAUCGUUCAGGCUAUACUUAUCGAAGUUCUCUGCACAUCUUUCAUACUUUGCGCUGCUUGUGCGACGUGGGAUCCGAGAUGUUCUCAUACCACCGAUUCCACGGCUAUUAGAUUCGGUUUUUCCGUCGUAGCUAUCUCUUUAGCAGCGGCUCCUUACACGGGAUGCAGCAUGAAUCCAGCACGAACUUUCGGACCUGCGUUUUGGAAUAGCGAUUGGACGAAUCAAUGGGUUUACUGGUUCGGACCAACAGUCGGAGCAAUGCUUGGAACGUAUACGUAUCAAGUCCUAUUUUUGGAGAAACCGCGAGUAGAAAAAACUUAUGGAUCAUCGACCGUCGACAUGAAGCUUAUGAAAGAAAUGGAAUCGAUCAAAUAUUCGGAACUCGAAAUUGUCGAUGGAAAUCAAACAUAAAAUAGCGCUCGAAUUAGAUUACUUCAAAAAUAAAUAAUUUUAUCGGAUGCCUUAUCGCAUAAAAAAUGGAAAAGAAACUUU